AUGGACAUGAAAGAACCUCAAACGAAUGAAACCAAGGUUGCAACACAAGUGUUUGAUGAGGAGAACACUCUCUUGGUCAUGAUCACAAAAGGGGAAUGCAACAGCAGCAACAAGCUACAAGAUGAAUGCAGUAGCACUUGGAAAAAAACUGGAAAUUCAGGCUGUAAUCGGUUGCCUAUACUCUAUAACUGGUUACAAGAAGAAGAAUCGGCCAUGGUGACUAUGAAAGAUGCAGUUCACUGCAAUGAUCAAUGGAAGAAAAUAUUGGUUUGUUACAAUCAUUGUGACAUGAAGAACAAAGUGAAAUUCACAGAUGAUACCGCUCUAAAGGAUGAUGGGAUCAAUGACAUUUUUAUCACAAGAAGGGAUGGUGAACAUUCCUUGAUCAAGGAUGUGUUGUACAUUCCAGGAAUCAAGUGUAACCUUCUAAAUAUUGGUCAAUUGCUUGUGAAUGAUUACAAGAUUCACAUGGAGAACAAGGCACUAAGCAUUAUGUAUGUAAACAUGGUUUUCAUUCUAAAAGCUCCUAUUGCUGCCAAUAGAACUUUCAAGGUUGAGUUGAAGGUUAUGGAGAAUAGGUGUCUUGCUACAACGACAAGUCAAAAAGAGUGGAUAUGGCACUAUAAGCUUGGGCAUCUCAACUUUAGAGAUCUCAAUGCCUUGCAAAAGAACAUAAUGGUAACGAGGAUGUCAUUGAUCAACAUACCGGCUAAAAUUUGUGAAUAA